AUGCAUGAUUAAUUGUUUACAAUUAGCGGCAAACUUAGGAGUCAAAUCAAUACAUUUCCAUUGUUGAAACCAUUCAAUGGAAAUAUUUCUAAAUCUAAAAUAGCAGCAAUAAAGUUAUUUGCAAUCAAGUAAUUUAUUAGAGAUAAUCCAAAGAGUUCUUUAGAAGAAAUUAUAAUUAGCUCUUAAGUAAUUUUAUCAAUUUCUAAAUUAGGGAACUUAAGUUAUUCGUUGA